CUAAGUUACCGAGAAGCCAUUUCCGACCGGCACUUUCCCCCGGAGAGUAAAAUAUUGGGGCAGCAGCUCGCUCUCACCCCUUCUCUAUGCACCCUCUCUUGCAGGCGUGGUCCCAGGUAGACAUGUCCGGAGUGCUCAGAGCAGCGUGGCAGGCUCUGCCCUGUUAGCCCCUGGGGGGGGCUCAGCCAUGAAUUCCUCUCCCUCCGCCCCCAGCAUCCCCCCCAGCCUGCUGCAUCAGUGGCAGGAGGAGAACCAGACCCAGGGCGGACUCUGGAAUGGGAGCCAGGAGCUGGGCUGGGAAGAGCUGGAGGAGAUGCUGUUCCUCUUCGCCAAGGAGCCCAUCACCAUCAGCCUGACGGCGAUGUACCUCGUGUCCUUCGUGGUGGGCUUCGUGGGGAACAUCAUGUCCAUCAGGGUGCUGACGCGGAAGCGCCGGAGCCGGGUGUCCAGCCUGAGUGCCACCCGCAGCCUCCUCAUCAACCUGGCGGUGUGCGACCUCAUGGUGGUGUGCGUCUGCAUGCCCAUCACCGUGGGCAACCUCAUCUACAAAGCCUGGGUGUACGGGGACUUCCUGUGCCGGGCUGUGCCCUUCAUCCAGGCUGUUUCUGUCUCUGCCAGCGUCCUCAGCCUGACUGUCAUCAGCGUGAACCGGUACUACAGCGUGCACAACCCGCUCAAUGCCCGCUCCUUCUUCACCCAGAAGAGGAUCCUCAGCACCAUCCUGGUGGUGUGGCUGCUGUCCUCCGGAAUAUGCAUGCCCCUCAUCUUCAUGAACAGACGGGAUGAGAUUGGGGUAGUGGAAGGCUUGCCCCUGGUGUUCUCCAUCUGCAGGGAGAUUUGGCCUCAGGAGAGGCUCAAGCAAGCCUAUAACUUUCUGCUUUUCUGUGCCCUUUACUGCCUGCCAGUGCUGUUCAACAUGGUCAUCUGCUUCCUGACAGUGCGCCGGCUGUGGAGCCGCAGCAGCCAGCUGAAGGAGAGCAGUGCCCUGAACCACUCACUGCCAGCCUCCAGGCUGAAGAUUCGCAAGAAGGUAGCCCAGAUGGUGGUGGCCCUGGUCCUGCUGUUUGCCAUCUCCUGGCUACCUGUCUACCUGAUGGACAUCUGGAUCGAUUUCAACAUCCCCAAGUCUUUGCAGGAUGUGACACCUUCUCCUUGGAUCCUGCAGCUGAGACCUUUCGCCCAGUGGCUUGGCCUCAACAAUUCCAGCCUCAACCCAAUAUGCUAUUGUUUUGUUGGGAACCUCUACAGAUCAGCCAAGGAAAUGAAGAGCAAAUACCACCAAAGAAUGAUCUCCCUCUUUAACUUCUCUCUAUCUGAAGGGACAACCCGUUCCUCAGUCCCAGAGCUGUUCUCUUACCAGAGCCCAGCAGAGCCUGCAAGGAAAGGAUGCCCUGCCAUAGGCAGGAGGGCCCAGGGAGACCCUGGCACUAAGAACAAGUGUGGACACUUGAAGUCUUGCCAGCACCCGCCUCUGAACACUGUCUCCAGUGAGAACACUUCCUUGUGA